UUUGUGUUUAAAAUUCACUUAAUAUGUAUAAAUAAUUUAUCAAGACCCCAAUAAGUUAUAGUUUGUAGAAUCCAGAAUCCAUUAACUCAAACUCUUAGCUCCGCCUCUGUCUAUGUUUUUUCAGUUACAAACACUAUUUUGUUCCGAUUAAUAGACAUCCACUUUUUUUAGAAGUUGUUUACCUUAGGGGAUUGGGGAAGGGGAAGGUUUUAGGAUUAACUGAGAGGGAGACACUCAACAACAACAUACUCAGUAUAGUCCUACAAGUGGGGUCUGGGAAGGGUGUAGAGGCGAAUCUAGGAUUUGUGGAACAUGGGUUCACCACUAAAAAAAAAAAAAAAAAAGAAGGAAAAAAAUGUAUCAAGUGGGACUUGAUCGGUAGUCCUCUAGGUAAAUAACUCAAUCUUUAAUCAAGUGCAAUAGUUAGCCUUUUUGUAGCAUGGGUUCCAAAGAGGUAGUAUUAUACUAAUUUUAGGAAAUAUAUACAUAAAAUACCUAGUUUUACAGAGAGACCAUGUGUUCACGUGCCCCAAUUUUAGCACCUAAAAUCGCCCCUAGGAGGGUGGUGUGUACGCAGAUCUUAUCCCUAUCUUUGUGGGGUAGAGUAGAAAUGCAAAUAUAAAAGAUAAAAGAUAACCAAAGUAAAAGAAUCAACAGUAGUAAUAAAAUCAGGGAAUAAGAUAAUGGUAGCAUAAACUGAGGGAGACAUUGCGAGUUCAAGUCUUGCUGUUUACUGUACUUUAUGUAUUCAUGCUUUAUCUAGUGUGUCUAGAAAAGGAAAAGGUAACUAUGAUAGAUGAUGAGACCUUGUUAAUUAUUGGGAGAAAUGCAGUGAUUAUUUUUGCAGACUUCACAUCCUGAACUUAUUCGUUGCAAGCAGAGCUUCUCUCGGCAUUGAUUAUCGCAACGGAUAAUGGCUGUUUGUGGUUCAAGAACUUCUCAUACUGGCCAUUUUGUUGGCAAUAUGGCUGCUAGGCGCCUGCAUUAUUGUAUGUCGGGAAAUAAUAGCACCGUCUCUUACAGCAAUAGAAGCAUUGAGAAUGUUAGGAAAGCCAACAUUAGUUUGAGAAAUAAAUGCCAACCCGGCAACUUCAUGUUAUCUCAAUAUUUUAGAACUAGUGUGGCAAAGAUGACGAGCCAAGGUUUUCGCAUUUUAUCACCUGCACGUUUCUCCUUUGGAACUACUUCUCCUGGCCUGUCUGGUGAUAACUCUAAGGAACAAGCUGCAAAUACUGUUGAUUCUUCUAAAGGAAAGAUACGCCUGGAGCUGAAUUCGGGAUCAUUUUACCUGCCCCAUCCUGCUAAAGCAAAAACUGGUGGAGAGGAUGCUCAUUUUAUUUGUGGUCCUGCACAAGCUAUAGCUAUAGGUGUAGCUGAUGGUGUUGGUGGAUGGGCUGAUCAUGGUAUUGAUGCGGGGGAAUAUGCUCGUGAAUUAAUGUCUAACUCGAUAUCCGCGAUACAAGAGGAACCUAAGGAUUCCAUUGACCUAAUGAGGGUCCUAGAGAAAGCUCACAUGAGAACAAAAGCAAGAGGUUCUUCAACUGCUUGUAUAAUUGCACUCACUGAUGAAGGUCUUUAUGCUGUUAAUUUAGGAGACAGCAGAUUUAUGUUGGUUAGGCAUGGAUCUGCUAUAUUUGAGUCCCCUGUACAACAGCACGGUUUUAAUUUUCCAUAUCAACUGGGAGGCAGCAGUGCUGGUGAUUUGCCUAGCUUGGCCGAUGUGUUUAAAGUUACGGUAGCUCCAGGAGAUGUCCUAGUUGCUGGUACUGAUGGGCUUUUUGACAAUUUAUAUGACGCUGAUAUCAUGGGAGUUGUGAUUCAUGCUGUGGAAGAUGGCUUAGGGCCGCAGAUGACAGCUCAAAAGAUAGCAGCAUUGGCACAACAAAGAGCAAUGGACCCAAUUAAGCCGUCACCUUUCUCUGAUGCAGCCAAAGAGGCGGGAUUUGAGUACCCUGGGGGAAAACUUGAUGACAUAACUGUAGUUGUUUCUUAUAUAACUAGUAAUGCCAAUCCGUAAUGUGCUUGAGUUUUGUAGACACGGGAAAUUGGGCACGCUGACAAGUCGGAAUUCUUAGUUUGAGCUUCAAACUUCAGGUGUGCAGCUGACUGAGAGUGAUACUGGAGUACAGUAAAUAUCAGUUAUAGAACUUUUGCUCUUGGACUGCGAAGAAAGAACACUUGAUGAAAAUGAAAGCUGUGCGACUGCAUAUAUUGGCUCAAGCUAGUGGUGCUCCUCUAUGUUGCUCGGACUCUUCAUAAACGUAAAUGGGUGCGUGUCAGAUUCUCCAAAAGUAAUGCGUUGUUGGAGGAUCUGAUACAGGUACAACAACCUUUUUGGAAAGUCCGAGCAACAUACUGCUCCUUGUUCCGUCAAGUGUUUUAGUUCCUAGAUUGAAAUGGGCUAUUGGAAUUCAUUUCCGAAUUUAUUGGACGGAUGCAUGUUUUUAUGUUGUAGCAUGACAUGACUGAUAGAAGUCUUAAAUUGAUACAUGGCCUUGCUAAAUUGUUCUUGUUGACAUUGAUGCGUAUUAAGACACUGCUCUCUGAAAGUAUUUUUUUCUUUCUGUUAUAGAACUAGUUGUACUCACUUGAGGAUAGUGAGAACGUAGUUUGUUGGCCGAACUCAUGACAA